UGCCUUUUGUUUUAGAACUGUUUUGCCACAAGUGGCCUUAAAUCGAGUCAAUCGGGAUCACUUUGUUUUGCUUCGCUCUAGACCCCACAGUAUGAGUAUAAGAUAGAUACGGGCAUGUCCAGUAAACAUAGCCUAGCGCUUUUUAAAUAUACACCGAUGCACAACUUCUUUGUGCCAGAGAUUAUAACCAGUACUAUAGUAGGGGGAAAUACUAUUAACAGCAUUUCAGAAAUUACUGUGCCCAAACAGAGAUUCAAAUCCGGGUCCUCUUGAUUGAUCAAAGUGUUUAAGCACUGGACCACUGUUCACUGUCCUCCGGACAGACGGACAGAUGAGCAUCAACAUUUUAAAAUCUUCAAAAACAGAUAAUAAAGUUUAUAUAGUAUUAAAUAGAAGUAAGACAGAGGUAUAACUAAAACAUACAAUGGGAGGAAAGUUAUCAGAUAAAGACAUGGACCAGCUAGAACAAUGGAUAGGUACAGGUCCAAAAACAUUUACACUGCUCUAUGCUAUCACAAGAGAUGGCUGUAAUGCUACAACCUUCCAUCAGAAUUGUGACAACCAGGGAGCUACUGUCACAGUGCUGUAUAAUCCACAAGGGUCUGUGUAUGGAGGAUAUGCCCCUGUCAGCUGGAUCAGUAGCGGUGCAUGGACCAAUAACACCGCUGCUUUCCUGUAUCAGCUGAGAUUUAAUGGAAAUGACAAAGCUACAAAGUUUGCAAUAAGGAAUGGCCAACAAUCAAAUGCGUGCUACAACCACUCGAGCUACGGUCCAGUUUUUGGUUCUGGUAAUGCCCUCUGUACCUUUUCAAGCACAAUAAAUAGCUCAGGUACCUACUUUUCCCUCAACGGCAAUAUGGAUGGUUUUGGAACAACCUUCGACAAUCAGGGUAUCACUGCACACCAGAUCAACAAUGGUAACAUGAACGUCACGGAGCUUGAGGUGUACAAAGUUGCAGAUGGUAAAAGAAUUCCGACUCAACAAAAGCCCUGGCGAAAAACUAAAACUUGGAAUGAAAAGUUCUUAGACGAGCUUACAGAAGACAUCGUAACUUUCAAACCACUUGAAGACUUGAAGGUGAAAGACGCCCGUAUCCUGAUGAUUGGUCCUGUGGGGGCCGGGAAGUCUAGUUUCUAUAACACCAUCAACUCUAUAUUCAGAGGUCGCAUAACACAAAGAGCGGGCAGCGGCAGUGCAGAACAGAGUCUUACAACUGCUUACACGCCUUACAAGGUGAAAGUGAAAUUUGGUGCGACACUGAACUUCCGGUUGUGUGACACACGUGGUCUAGAAGAGUCACAAGGUCUAGAUGUGAUGGAAUGUAACUACCUAUUAGAUGGCAACAUUCCAAACUAUUAUCAGUUUAAUCCGGCCAAACCAAUCAACCCAAAGAGCCAGGGUUUCAAGGCAAAUCCAUCACCCGAUGACAUGACAACGUGUGCAGUGUUUGUAUUGGAUGCAACAACGCUUGAAGUGUUGUCAACAAAACUAAUAGAGAAAAUGAAAAGCUUCCAGACCUUGAUGAAUCAGAAAGGAGUACCACAGAUCAUUCUCCUUACAAAGAUAGAUACGUUAUGUAAAGACGUCCAGGCAGACGUUUCCUCCACCUACAAGAGUCACACUGUUGAACAGCACGUGGACAAAGCAGCACAGCUGUUGGGACUACCACGCGCAAACGUACUUCCGGUGAGGAACUACGAAAACGAGUUAGAACUCGAUGAUAAUGUCAACAUCCUUGCUCUGAUAUCACUACGACAGAUUUUGUAUCUGGCAGAAGAUUUCAUGGAAAAUAUGCUGGAGAAAAGGAAUGAUGAGGAAACAGAGAUGGAAAAUCUGAAACUAGAGAACUGACAAGUUCAAAAACUUUUGUCUAAUACGAAUUUUUGAUUAUUCAAAUAGAUAUAGAAUAAAAUUAGUGCAAACAUC